AUGACUGUGUCCGCGGAGGUCCUGGAUGCAGUGGUGCGUGUGUUGUUGUUGGAGGAUGGGCCCCGGGCUCUUGAGUAUCAACAGAUGGAUGCGCAGGAAAGGGGGAAUGUCCGCAUGCUGUCGUGUUAUCGCCGGAAUUCUCUUGAGCGGUUAAAUUUUGGUCACCCCCUUUCUCAGCGUGACCCUCCUCUACUUGAGGAUGACCGGCCCAAGCCGUUCCCGUUUGGUAGGGAUGAGGAUACGCUGGAUACGGGGGAGGGUGGUGCAGACGCAGGUGGUGCUUCAACUUUCAAGCGACUUGUUUUAGAACAACUGGAACUAAAUGGAACAGGAUUGAAUUACCUUGAUGAGCUUCCCAUCGCUAACGUUGAGCUCAUAUACCCCUCGAGUUUCACACAGAGAUGGGCACUGGUAGUCUUCCCAAUCCCAGGAGAUCGAAACAGCCCGGAACACGUUCAUACGGUUGUUUCCCGGCUUUUUGAAACUAGAAUCCCAGGACGAUGUAAUCCAUUUCACUUGAUGGCUGUACCCGCACAAGCAGUAGGCAACACCGCAAACAUCGCAAGAUCCUCAUCCGUAUAUGUAGGCAACAGCGUCAUCGCCACAAAAACACUCAGCGUCGUCGGAGGCCAGGGGAAAGAUGCGUUGGAUGAGGUGGGGAUGGUGGAUGGUGUUCCGGUUUGCCAUGUGAAUGUCAGCCUCGUUCGUAAUGGAGGGGAAGAGGGAAAGAAAGACCAACCUGUCAACUCCAAGAAAACCGAUUACCAAGCGCGUCAAAUCGAGCCUCUAUACAAUUCUCACUACAACUCGCCCAAUCAUCCACGACUUCUACAAUGGUAUCGUGCUUCAAAAUCCUCCGUUUCCACCGCCAAUAACGAGAACCUUCUUAUGGUUCAGAUCGCUCGGGAGGAGGAGAUUGGUGGUCAUCAACAUCUCUUGGUAUCUGAAUGUGCAGGUCAUUUUUGCCUACUCAGAGCUGGACACAAAAAGCUCACUUACGAAAAUUCAGGUAGCACCAUCAACAACAAAAAUGUUUCUAUCCGCACGCUCGUCAUCAUGAAUGGUUCAGAGGGGAAGGAGGAGGUAAAAGUGUUGCGUGAGCCGUUGAAGAAGAACGAGAAAUGA